ACCUUCCCACGUCCCAAUCCUUUUAUCAUUUUCUCCAAAACGACAAGAAACCUGGCAAAUCUUGGAGGCUUGAGAGCCCGCUUGUCUUUGAAGCAAGCUAUAUCGGAUUGCCAAGACGACGACGAAGACUGUCGCCCUUGGCGUCAUAGGCUUUCCUCUUCUAUGGCUUCUUUUUCAUGGGCUUCUCUUCUCAGGAUCACCAUCUUUCUUCUCCUUGUUGCCGCUGCUGUUUUUGCCUUCUUCACUCUCCCUGUUGAAAAGAUUUUGAAGGAUUUCUUGUUAUGGGUUGAGCAGGAUCUCGGGCCUUGGGGUCCCCUCGUACUGGCUAUUGCAUAUAUUCCUCUAACAAUCUUGGCUGUUCCAGCUUCAGUGCUUACUCUUGGUGGUGGAUAUCUUUUCGGGUUGCCCGUGGGCUUUGUUGCCGAUUCUAUCGGCGCCACAGUUGGUGCUGGGGCAGCAUUUCUUCUAGGAAGAACAAUUGGUAGAUCUUUCGUUGUCUCCAAGUUGAAGGAUUACCCAAAGUUUAGUUCAGUUGCAAUUGCUAUUCAGAAGUCUGGCUUCAAGAUUGUUCUGCUGCUUCGACUUGUUCCUUUACUGCCUUUCAACAUGCUGAAUUACCUGCUGUCAGUCACUCCUGUUCCAAUAGGGGAAUACAUGCUGGCUUCCUGGAUAGGAAUGAUGCCAAUAACCCUUGCUUUAGUGUACAUUGGAACGACACUCAAGGAUCUUUCUGAUGUGACUCAUGGGUGGAGUGAGUUUUCAACUACUCGUUGGGUUCUUAUUGUAUUGGGCCUUGUUGUAUCUGUGGUUCUUAUGUUUUGUGUUACUAAAGUCGCCAAGUCUGCUUUGGAUAAAGCUUUGGCCGAAAACGAGGAUCUAGAUGUCAUUUUGGCAUCACCUCAAUUACCCAUUGUGGCAGAUACUUCUGUUAAUCUGAACCAGCCUCUCAUUAUCAAGAUAGACCCGUCUGAAGAUAACCAUGAACAAUGAGAUUCUUAAUUUGUGUAAAUUCUUUUCCUACCUCAUUUAAAGGCAAUGCUCUUAAUUUAGUUUGCCAUUUAGUGCCUGUUAUUUGUUAUUCUGCUUAUUUGUACAGUAGAAAUCUUUUACAAAAAAGUUAAAACAAAUAAAAAUGUAGGUUUGGAUGUAA